UUCAUGGUUACUCAGCCAGUGCGAAGGCAUUGCACAAGGAAACCCGAUAUAAGACCGCACUGCGAUGUUGUUCGUAGCUCUGAAACAGGCGGCGCUCGCGCAGUGCCGGAAAUACAGCGCUAUGGCUGCCAGCAAUGGACUCGUCUUCAGGCAGUUGUUUGAACCUGUGAGUUGUACGUACACUUACCUGCUCGCUGAUAAAGACACCAAGGAGGCCAUUCUGAUUGACCCGGUGCUGGAAAAAGCAGAGCGAGAUGCAAAACUCAUCAAGGACCUUGGGCUUAAUAUGAUCUAUGCAGCCAACACCCACUGCCACGCAGACCACAUCACUGGCACCGGCGUGCUGAAGAAGCUUCUACCUGGGUGCAAAAGUGUCAUCUCCAAGAACAGCGGUGCCCGUGCCGAUCUUUACAUACAUGAAGGAGAUCAAAUACAGUUUGGAAAAUUUUGGCUCGAGGCUCGUUCCACUCCCGGACACACAGACGGCUGCCUCACAUACGUACUGAAUGAUAAGAGCAUGGCAUUCACUGGAGAUGCACUCCUCAUCAGAGGCUGUGGACGAACAGAUUUCCAACAGGGUUGCCCCAAAACUCUGUACCACUCUGUGCACAGCAAGAUAUUCUCCCUGCCUGAAAACUGCCUUCUGUACCCUGGACAUGACUACACAGGUCAGACUGUGUCAUCAGUAGAGGAAGAGAAGCGCCUGAACCCUCGACUCACUAAAGAUGAAGCUGAGUUUGUGAAGAUCAUGAAUAACUUAAACCUGCCUAAACCUAAACAGAUAGAUAUUGCUGUUCCAGCCAACUUGAAAUGCGGCAUCCAGGAUCCCUGAUGACCUCACAUUUAUCGCGCUGACCUCAUCGGGAUGUGUCUAAUCAGCUGCUUGCCUUAAUAGAUAAAAGAAAAUGGAACUUUCUAUUUCUGCUAUAUUUUUGUAAGAGGGGCAGGUGGCUAAAUGCUGCUUUUAUUUUUAACAGAUGAAACAAUGUUAUUAGUGUUCUUUCAGGGAAGAUGGUUUUGCUUUCCUUUUUAUAGUUCUUACAAAGAGCUCCUACCUGCUUGACGCCUUCCAAAAAAAAUCUCUUUGUUAGCCCAGGUACAGAGCCUGCAUUGCUGUAUAUUUUGUAAAUUAUGUUUUUCAUUAAAAUAUUGAUCCCA